AUCCAUCGAUGUCUCGCGCGGGAUCCCGACUCGCCUCUACCAUCGAGCGCCCCCUUCGAUCUAGGGUUUCGCCUCCCUCCUCCUUCGAACAUCGCCGGCGAUCGGACCGACACAGCCCCCGAUCGCUCACCCCUCCACCUCGCUCUCGUAGCCCUGAUUACUGUUGGUCCCCCCACCAAGACGAACCCUACUGUACGCGGAAGCAGCCGGGUCAUGGAGACGACCGCUCGGACGAUGAUGAGGAACUUAAGGGCCUUAGCUAUUUCGACUACCGACGCGUCAAACGGCAGAAGUUGCGGAAGAAGAAGAAUAUCUCGUGGAUGAUGCCUAGCCCUCUGAGAGGCGAGGGGGAGAAGUUUGAGCCGUACGAUGAGCCUGGUGGCGCUCUGGAAUUUUCUCCAGAGGAAGAUAAGGAAGAUGCGGCGAAACGAAAUGGGAGUGGGAGCAGUGAGUCUGGUGAUUCGGAUGGGAGCCCUUUGGAUGAUUCUGAUUCCAGAUCAGGGAGUUCGCCUUCCCGGAGGAGACGAAGGAGGAGAAGGAACGGAAGGACUGGAAGGAGUGGGCGGAGAAGGAGCCGAAGAAAUGGAAGCAGUCGGAAAAGGAAGUAUUCAGAGUCCGAUGGCAGCACGGACUCGUCUUUUGAGGACAGUUCAAGUGAGGAGUCUUCUGAUUCACUGAAUGAAGAUCGUGAUGAUAGCAAAAAGCAUAGAUCUAGAAGUCAGCGGAAAAGCUCAAAGAAAAGCACGCGCAGCAGCAGGAAGAAAAUAAGGAAGAGCAGGGCAACAGUUUCAGAGGAGAGCGAGGAGCCUGAUUCUAGCCCGAGAUCUAAGAAGAAAGCAAGAAAGAGCAAGAAACGAUCGAAUAAGUCUCAUGAAUCGGAUUCAGAAACAGAUGCUGGACCUUUUGAUGCUAAGUUACCUGACGUUGAUCCUGAAGCACUCGAGUUGAAGGAAUUGAUUGAAUCUCAGAAGAAGCCAGCCUUGGACAAUGAGCCUAUGGUUGGGCCUGCACCUCUCCCACGUGCUGAGGGUCAUAUAAGCUAUGGUGGCGCGCUGAGGCCUGGUGAAGGUGAUGCUAUUGCCCAGUAUGUGCAGCAAGGGAAGCGUAUUCCAAGAAGAGGAGAGGUCGGCUUGUCAGCUGAGGAGAUUCAGAAGUUUGAGGACUUAGGUUAUGUCAUGAGUGGUAGCAGGCACCAGAGGAUGAACGCCAUCCGUAUCAGAAAAGAAAACCAGGUUUACAGUGCUGAAGAUAAGAGGGCACUUGCUAUGUUCAAUUAUGAAGAGAAAGCAAAGAGAGAGCAUAAGGUGAUGGCUGAUUUGCAGAGGCUGGUCCAUCGUCACAUUGGGGCGGACAUGGGACCUGCUCAUGAUCCAUUUGGUGCAAAGGCUUCAGAUGCAGCAGAUGAUUGACUUUAAGGCUACUCUAUUUGCUCAGACCAAUCUGUCAUAGGUUUUAACUCCCUACAUACCUGGAGAAGUUAACUUGAGCAUUGAUAUGAUGCAGAUUCGCCUCUUUGCAAGAAAAGGACUAAAGCUGCAUCUGGUCUUUUGCUAAAAGGAUCUCAAUGCCUUGACAAAAGCAUCAAAAGAUUGGUCGUCUUCUCGGAAUUUCAGUUAUCACAUAUGUUCUCAAAACUGGUUGCCUUCCUGGGAAUUCAGCUGAAGCCCGUUUCUUCCUCGAAUUUUUUUUUCAGUUCUUGGAUGGUCUAAUGUUUCUUUUCAAGUAUCGGAAAUGGUUGUGGAUGGAGAUAUUAUUACUCAACUUCUAAUAAAUACUUCACUUUCUUUGUAAUAUUUACCUUAUACCUUUUUUCUGCUCAUUUCCAGAA